AUGUUGAAUAACUCAAUGGAUUAUGAUAAUAUGGAAGAUAUCUUACCGAACACAUCAAAUUAUUUUUCAUAUUGUAACCAGCAUGUGGAUAUAAAAACUCAUGACAGUAAUUUGAGAAAUAUUCAAACAGACAAUGAGAAUACAGUCAUGACAAAAGCAUCAAAACAAUUACAUUUUUCAAUAGAUGCCUUGCUAGAUGAUGACGAUAUUGAUGGCAAUGCUAAUGAUGAAAGUGGUGACAAUGAUGAUGAUAAUGCUAAUGAUGAUGAUGACGAUGAUGAUGAUGGGGAUAACGAAAAUAUCGACAAUGACAGUUGCAAUCAUUGUCGCAAUCUGGUUAAUUCUGACGAAAAUAACUUAAGGCUCAAAAAUUCUAUUCAUCCAGAAAUCGACGGGAAUAAUUGUAACAGUAGUAACAGCGAUAAUAAUAACAACCACCAUUUCAACAGAACCACCUCGUUAUUCAAUGAAACUAAAGUCAAUAGUAAAAAAUCGCAUGGUAAAGCUAAUCAUGAUAAUGGAAGUGAAGAAAAGUUUACCAAUAAGCUUAAAAAACAUCAUGACGUUAAAUCAUCAAGAAUAAAUCAAAAUAAUAAGAUUUCUACAAGUUCACCAUCCUAUAAUUAUUCAAGCAAAGAUACUACUGACAAUAAUAUGAAUAAUAGUAAUCAUAUUGAUAAUGAAGUAAAUCAUAAUCAAAUGUCUUAUUUUAAGAAGCAUAACUUUUUUAAUUCAUUACACGAAUUAUCAUUUAAUGAUUAUUUAACAUUUGGUAAUAGUGGAAUUGGAUCUCGACCUAUUCCACAAAAGUGUACAUUACGUAAGCAUAAACCAAAUCGUCGACCAAGAACUCCAUUUACAACUCAACAAUUAUUAGCAUUAGAAAGGAAAUUUCGUCAAAAGCAAUAUUUAUCUAUUGCAGAGAGAGCAGAAUUCUCAAAUAAACUAACAUUGACUGAAACACAAGUGAAAAUAUGGUUUCAAAAUCGUCGAGCAAAAGCUAAACGUUUACAAGAGGUUGAAACCGGCAAAUAUCAUCUAUCACCAAAUGAAAAUUUAGAGACAGCUUUAAUUGCAGCCAUGUCAUCAGCAAAUCAUGCAUCACAAUUAGGUACAACAAGUAGUAAUAAUAAUAAUGAUAAAAAUUAUACAGAUUCUGUGGAUAUGAUAGCUCAUGAUAUGACAUCAUUUCAUACUGUUCCAAUAUCACCACCACUUUCCAUAUCAUCAACACCGGUUAUUUCGUCUCCUUUAUUACCUCAGUCAAAAUUUCCUUUUCAUUCUGUGUCCACUUCUCGAAUUCCACUAUCUUCUAACACACCAAAUUCAUCACAUCAAUAUUUAUGCUCAUGUAUUUCUCCGAAUCACCAGUGUUCAUACAAAUCAACAGAACUGACUAGAGAUAAUAUUCUACAUCUUCCUACGACUAGUAUGCUUUCAUCUUUCUCAAAUUUAUCAUCACCAUUAUCCACAGACCAUUUGUAUACACAUAAUCAUCACCUUAACGUCAAUAAUAAUAAUAAUAAUAAUAAUAAUAAUAAUGGCAAAGUACAUUCAAAUUAUGAUUGUGAACAAAUUUCAUUUAAUCCCAAUAAACCAAAGUUAUCAUCAAUUAAAAACUUUUCACAUGAUGACUUUCAACAUCAACUACAAAGUAUAGAAACAGUAAACUCUAAACAUUUUUCCACAACAAAUGUUGAUAAUAAUAAUAAUACGUCUCUUUUAUCCUUUACUAAAAGUCAUCCUAAUAAAAAUAUCCCUUCUAAUGAUAUGAUUACUACUAAUUGUAUUAAUAAGAACAAUAUGAAUGGUACAACACAUAAAACAUCAAAGCAUACAAUAUCUUAUUUUUCAAAUGGGCAACGAAUUGACAAUCAACAUGAUAAUCAUAGUAGACUUAUUAAGAAUGAUAGUAGCGAUAAUAAUAAUAAUCAUGAUAAUAAUAAAGAUAAUUUAACGAAUAUGAAAUAUGAUUCUAUGCUUGAUUUUCAAUCAAUACUUAAUAAUCUUCAGUCCAAUUCAAAUGGGAUAAAUAAUUUGAAAACAGUUGAAACAUUGAAUGAUCCAUUGUCAUUGUUAUGUGCAGCUAAUCAUUACUAUCAACAAUAUGAUCAAAAUAAAGAAAUAGACCAUAAUUAUUCAAUUGAUUUAAAUAAUAAUCACAAUCCAAAUAACACAAAACCGUUGUUACAACCCGCUAUGAACGCUACUGAUUCCAGCAGGGUUGGUACAGUGUUGGAUUAUAUACCGAAAAACGAAUCCAAUUUGUAUCAGUCGAUAUUAACAAGCGAAUCAGCAGGGUCGAUUUCGUCCUCUCUUUCAUCACUGACAUCAUCAUUACCAGUAAUGUCAUCAACAUCAAUUUCUUGUUGUACUUCAACUUCCACUUCUUCAUCGUCGACCUUUCCAUCUAUACCAGGAGAUAAAGAGAAGUUGGCACAAGAUCUUGUCAAUAUGUUUUACUGUUCAACAUUCAAUUCAUUCGGCCAACACCAAUCAAUCUCACCCCCUACAUCAUCCUCAUCAUUAAUGCAAACGUUUACUCCGCAGAAUUUGAAUGACUUCAAUUCUUUUUUAUUUAAACGGCUGUUUUCAGAUAAUGUUUUUAGUCAAACGAUGAAUUUGUCAAAUUCACUAUUGAAUUCAUCAACAUUUUCAAAAUUCGUCCCUUCUGCACUGCAAUUGUCAACAUUUAUGAAUUCUUUAGGUAAUUUUAAUUCAACUCAGUCAUUAAUCAAUUUAACAUCUACAUUGUUUCCACUGUCUACUAACCCAUCAGUAGUGUUUUCUUCACAAAAUGCUAACUCUUUUGAAAAUUCUGAUGCAAAUGUUUCAACAACUGGAUUAUCUUCAUAUAUUCCAUGUACAACAUCUUCAUUGAUGCUAACGGAAUUUCAGAAGGAUACUGUUGAACAACAUUUUAAACAAAAUACCAAUAGUAUUAACGAUAAUCACAAUAAUUAUAACAAUGAUACACUUAUUCCAAUCUGA